GUCGUCACUUUCCGCGCUCCUCAUAUUGGUUCCCACGCACCCUCCUUCCCCGAGCCAUGCUGAGCUGGAAAAUGGCUGUGUAGGGGAGCGGGGAGUUAAGGACGGUAAAGGAAAGAAAGAGCGAGAGCAAGAAGGCGAAGCAAGAAGUGAACAGGGGGUUGCUAGAAAUUCAGUGCACACCGAGAGGGUAUCGUCCGGAGAUAAGGCACCACACGGACUCUUGUCUGCUACUUUGAAACGUUAAAGCGCCGCAGCCGAAAGUAAGGAGAGUCAAGAAAUAUCCGCGGGUCAGUCAUAAUCCCUGUCCAGAACAUGUGGGAGCCUGAGAGAACCGAAGAGGAUUAAAGACCAUCCCACUCUGCCACUUGUUCUCCAAUCAGACCCCUUCAUUUGACCGUGGAGAGCCAACGACACACGGCCCUCAACUGGCAUAGUCUUUUACCCGGCUGCUCCAAUAGCACCCAACCAGCAGGUUUUCGCUGCUUUAAAGAGCAUGUUGCCAACGCUCUCCCUCUGCUCCAUCAUCUGGCUCAACCGGGGAAUCAAGCUGAGGAAAGUGUAUCAGUCCACCAACACCGGUCAGGUCUGAAACUGCUGCAGCCGCAGACAUAACAGCAGCAGAAGUCUACCUUAUCGACUUUUGAAAAUGCUUCUAAGCUUCGGGUGACUCCUCCUCCUCCCCUCAUUCCCCUGACCCCUCCCCACCCCCAAACCCUCACCCCCUCCCAAGCCACCGAAAUAACAUCCAACACCAGAAUUUAGUGAACAACCUUUUUCAAUUCUGAGGAGGAUUUCUGUAAAGCCAAACCCUGCUGUUGCAGUGGCACUCUGGCUGCAUUAUCUAAUCCUCUAUUUGGUGGCCAUUUUGGAUUUUUGUCUCCCUAACAAAAUGGCGGCAGAAGGGUUUCAGUACAGUGCCCUCUACGCAUUUACCAAGGACCAGGAAGAGGACUUGGAUCUGCAGCCUGGAGACCUCCUGACAGUCAGCAAGGCGUCUCUGCUGUCCAUGGAGAACUACCAGGAAGGCUGUGAGGAGAAGCCUGAGCACCUAGGCUGGCUCCUCGGGUACAACGAGCGCACCAAGCAGAGAGGCGACUUCCCAGGGACUUAUGUUGAGUAUGUGGGCGCCGUCAAGAUGGCGCUCCCAUCGAGUCAACCCAGGUCCCAGCGACCGCUCCCUGCUGCCCCCAGACCAGAAUCAUCUCAAGCUGUUUCUGUGCUGGACCUGAGCGAGCAGUUCACACCACCAGAGACGGCUCCCCCAGCUCUCAUUAGCCUGAUCCAAGCCAUAGAGAAGAGAGGUCUGGACUUCAAGACAUUGUACAGGACAGCUAGCCCCUCAGGUUCAGACAGCCCAGUGUACAGUCUGACCUCUGAAGUUGACAUGGGUCAGAAAGACGUGGGUUACCUCUCCGAGUGUGUCCUGCACUAUCUGAGAGACCUCCCGUCACCUGUUAUCCCUGCCUGUAUCUACCCUCACCUUCAAACUGCGGUCACACUGCAGCAACAGGUCCUACAAAAGUCAGCAGAUGGUGCAGUAGCUGAUAGUCAUGACAGAGAGGUAAGCCUGGUCCUCGAGAGCUCCACCACCGUCCCUCUCCAUCACCGUCUCACCCUGCAAUACCUCCUCACACACCUGGCCAAGGUCACCCAAGUGCAGGCCAGCAAUGGCCUGGACACCCACACGCUGGGAAAGAUCUUCGGACCGCUGCUCAUACGGACAGGUCCCUCUACCCCUUGGUUGUCAUUGGAUGAGAAGUUCCCUGCCCUUGUGGUGGAGAGGCUGUUGAUAGAGAGAACUACGGAGCAAGACCUCACUCCUCCAGUUCUUCCAGCAAAGCCAGUCAAGUCAAAAAUGUCACCAUCAGUCAUGACAGACACAAGCAGCCCGCUGAGCGAUGCUGAGUGGUACUGGGGAGAAAUCUCCAGAGAGGAAGUGAAUGAGAAGCUGCGAGACACUCCAGACGGUACCUUUCUGGUCCGAGAUGCCUCAAGUAAACUGGAGGGCGAGUACACUCUCACCCUCAGGAAAGGGGGGAACAACAAGCUCAUAAAGAUUUAUCACAGAGACGGGAGGUACGGCUUCUCAGAGCCUCUUACCUUCCUGUCUGUAGUGGAGCUCAUCAAUCACUACCGCCACGAGUCCCUGGCCCAGUAUAAUGCCAAGCUGGACACCAAACUUCUGUACCCCAUCUCCAAAUACCAGCAGCUGGUGAAGGAGAACAGUAUAGAGGAGGUGGGAGAGCAGCUGAAGGUCUAUCAUGAGCAGUACCAAGAGAAGAGCCGCGAGUAUGACUCUCUGUACGAGGAAUACACACGCACCUCACAGGAGCUGCAGAUGAAGCGCACAGCCAUUGAGGCCUUCAAUGAGACCAUCAAGAUCUUUGAGGAACAGUGUGAGACUCAGGAGCGCUACAGCAGAGAGUCUUUGGAGCGGUUCCAACGCGAAGGCAACGAAAAGGAGAUUCAGAAGAUCCAGAGCAACUCGGAGCGUUUGAAGUCUCGUGUGAAGGAGAUCCAUGACAGCAAGUGUAAGCUGGAGCAGGACCUGAGACAGCAGGUCUCUGAUAACAGAGAGAUCGACAAGAAGAUGAACAGCCUCAAGCCGGAUCUCAUGCAGCUCCGCAAGAUCAGAGACCAGUAUUUGAUAUGGCUGACACAGAAGGGGACAAGGCAGAAGAAGAUCAAUGAAUGGCUGGGCAUAAAGAAUGAUGCUGAUGACUCCUACUCACUGGAGGAAGACGAGGGCUCACCCCACCAUGAUGAGUGUACCUGGUACGUGGGUGACAUCAAACGCACCCAGGCCGAGGAAAUGCUGAGAGGCAAAUGUGACGGAACCUUCCUCAUUCGUGAAAGCCAGUCACAGAAGGGUUCCUAUGCCUGUUCUGUAGUUGUGGAGGGUGACACCAAGCACUGCGUCAUCUACAAGACGGCCACAGGUUUUGGAUUCGCCGAGCCCUACAAUCUAUACUCAUCCCUCAAAGACCUGGUGCUCCACUACAAAAACGUCUCCUUGGUCCAACACAAUGACCAGUUGAAUGUAAAUCUAGCCUACCCAGUCCUGGCGCGCUCUCAGAACCAGAACCAGCACCCCAGAUGAAUUAUCCACAAGCAGCAUUGAACACCAACCAGGGUGGGGAAACUAAAUUUUCACUCAAAUGCAUUAGAAAAAAAAUAAACAUUAGAACAAUGCUUGUUCAUAUGUUUAAAGUGGUGGGUAAAAUAGACUCCACAGCCACAAUUUAAAAAUCGUACAUUUUUGGCUGGAGGCUGGUGCUAAUUUUUCACACUGACCCCAGUCCAGCAAAGAGCACUCCUUGCUAACAUUAACUAAGCACUGUACAGUUAGCCUGGCUGACACAGCGACUUUUACCUUGAGGAGAGCAUCGCAUUAGCCAACCAUGACUGUACAGUGUCAGUUAUGAAAAAAAGUGUGAGAAAUUUACAAGAAAAUACCUUUGAUGCAGAGAAAAAAAACAGACUCAAUGUGUUAAAGGAAGACAAAAUAAGCACACAAAAUAUUGUUUUCAAGAAAAUGAAGAGGAGAGACCAGAUGGGAUGGGAUGAAAAUCUACAGGAGGUACUUAUGUUUUUUUUUUUUUUUUUUUUUUUGCCUUGACCACAUGAUGACUGUCCAUAAACAAAGGCCCGAUCUGUCAUCCCCAGACUGCCUGCAAACUGUCCGUAGACAAAAGCCUGAGAUGUCAUCCACUAAAUGGACUGGCUUGGCUAACCAGGCUGCUCGCCUCACACCUAAAGGUGGCUGAGAAACCGUGGACC